AUGGGAGAAAAGCAGUGCCAGGAGCAAAUGCGCGAUAAAGCGAAGCAUGCUGCUGAUGAAGCAGCCAAUAAAGUUUGUGAAAUGCGCGAAAAAGCAGGAAAUGAACAUCCGAAUGCUCUUAUGAAAAAUUCUUUUGAAUUUUCACUCACUGAAACAAUAAUUCACUACGGUGCCGCAAACACCAUGUUCGAAAUAGAGAAAAAAGGAGGGAACAUUGAGCGACAAGAUGCACGAGAUGGCCAAAGACGUGAAGCGCUGAGUUACCUGGUUGCAGUAUGUGUCAUCUUCGUCGUCAUCUUUCAUAUCAUACCUCAGUAUCGUCAAAAUUCGUUGAAAUUGUUUUGUACGGUACACCAUCUGCUACCUGAAAUCCGAUAUCGCGCAGCUCUCAUUUUGCCUAUUUGCAUCAUUGCUUUGGCCAAUACUGCUUCGCCCGGUGGCCAGCUUGUUGGCGGUCCUGACAUUCGUUUUGUCUCUGAAGACUCAUCAGCUCAACGCUUCUUCUAA